GUGAGGGUUGGUAGACAGAAAAAGUAAUAUUUUCCUUUUGGAUAAACCACAAUCAUGUCAUACUGUGAGGAUACGAUUAAGAAAAUGCUCCCUAAGGCUUAUGUACGCAAGCAUGUGGCUCAUGAAAUAUAUGUUGCAAUGACUCACUUCAAAAAUCUCAUACCCAUGAUGGAUAAAUACGUUUACAAUGAUGGAACCACAAAGGACUUGAUGAGUCUAACCGGAACCAUUCCUGUCUUAUUUAAUGACAAAACCUACAACAUACCCAUAUGCCUGUGGAUUGAGGAAAGCUAUCCCCAGACUGCUCCCAUCUGCUACAUCAGACCCACACGUGAGAUGAUGAUCGUUAGAGGAAAGUUCAUCUCCAGCAAUGGUGAAGUGGAGAUGCCUUACCUGGAGGAGUGGAAGAAUGGAGAGUGUGACCUAGUGAGCCUGCUGCAGGUGAUGGCUGUCAUGUUUGGAGACUUUCCUCCUGUGUGUAUUCAGCCUCAUUCAGAGCCCGAACAGGCCUCAUGUUGGCUACAGUUUCAGAGGCAAGCAGAGGUGCUUUCAAAAACAGAUGGGAGUUUUUAUGUGUCUUUACUCAGAGAAGAUGAUGAACCUUUCCAGCAGGAUAAUGAAACCAGCUGUUAGUCUAUUGUGUACAAUAAUUGUGACAAUAAUUUGUGUAAAAAAACGGUUUCGGUGCUGCCUGUGAAGUGUUCCAUCCUGUGUACAGUGUCAGAUGGUAUCCAUUGAUUGUUUUAUGGUUAAUUAAUUCAUAACUUCAGACAAAUAACAACAUGCUAUGUCUAUUUUUCAAAUGAUUAAGACUGUAAAUAAUAUGACACAUGAUGAAAACAUAUCAUCUGUGUUUCGUGGGAAUGUAUUGUACAUUUUAAGAAAAUGUUUCUACUUUUUUUUACAUGAACUAACGGUAUUUGAAUAGAUGUGUCUUUACAAGCAACUCAUGAAGCUGUACUUUAACUGCAUUUGCUGUGGAAAAAUGGUUUGGACUUUUAGACCAGAGAGAAGACUGUAAUUUAGUGAACACAUACACACCCAGGUGCAGGGUCCGUGCAUGAAUUAGAAUUCCUCUGUAGUUGUUCACGUUGUAAAACGAAAAAUACCAGCUUAGGGGGUAUUGCCUAAUUUUAUUGUCCUACUUGUGCUAAGUGCAAAUGUAUGUUGAUGUUGUUAUUGUCCCACAGAAUGAAGACGUGCAAUUCAAUUCAGCACACCAAAGCGUAUGUUUGUUCCAUUAUCCUACUUGUAUAAUGAAAAUUGAACAAGGAAGUCGAGAGCCGGAAACAGAGACGGCUUGUCUUCAAAGUCAAGGUUGUGCGCUUUGAACAAAUGUGCUGGCUGCAGAGGUCGAUUUAAGGAGAGCUAAGCUAAAUAAAUAAAAAAUGUCUAAAUAAUUAACAUAAUUCAUAACUGUUAUAGGUUUUUUUUUGUACUGAUGUACCGAUUUUUGAUUUACAAUUGUUCAUUGUUGUUGUUUAUUUAAGAUAAAAUGAUAGAAUUUGACGUGCAUGUACACUUUCUUUGUAGAAAUAUAACCACUCAGCUGUAACUAUACUCACACCUGACUGACGGCUGGCAAAAGAUUAAAUACUUUG